AACCCCCCAUGUCUGUGGUGAAGUCGAUCGAAUUAGUGUUGCCCAAGGAUGCAGUCUACCUAGCCGGCUCCAGCAUAAAAGGGCAGGUGGUUCUAAUCCUGAACAGCACCCUGGUGGACCCUAUUGUGAAGGUGGAGCUCGUGGGAAGGGGUUAUGUGGAGUGGAAUGAAGAAAUCGGGGCAUCCCGUGAUUAUAGCAGAGAUGUUAUUUGCAACAACAAGGCCGACUACGUGCACAAGAUGAAGACAUUCCCAGUAGAGGAUAAUUGGUUAAGUGCAGGCAGCCACACCUUUGACUUCCAUUUCAGCUUACCUCCCAGGCUUCCUUCUACCUUCGUCAGCAAAAUUGGCCACGUCUUCUACUUUGUGCAAGCCUCCUGCAUGGGCCGGGAGCACAUACUGGCGAAGAAGAGAAUGUACUUGUUGGUUCAAGGGACUUCGGACUUCCACAAAGAAAACCCAUUGCAGAACCCUCUGUUGGUGGAGGCUGAGAAGAAGGUCUCCUACAACUGCUGCAGCCAGGGCACCAUCUGCCUCCAAAUCCAGAUGGAAAAGAACACUUUUACUCCGGGGGAGAGGGUCGUCUUCACCACGGAGAUCAACAACCAGACCAGCAAGUGCAUCAAGAUGGUCACCUUCGCCCUCUACAUCCACGUGCAAUAUGAGGGCUUCACCCCCAGUGCAGAGCGGCGGUCUCGGGUGGACAGCAGUGAGCUGCUCCGGCAGGAGGCCAACACUCAGAUCACGCCCUUCAACACCACCAAGAUCGUCAGCACCCUCAACCUCCCGCAGGUGCUGUCCGUGAGCAGCGGCAUGCGGGACGGCGAGAUCAUGAGUACCCACUACGAGCUGGUCAGCACGGUCCACCUGCCCUGGUCCCUGACCAGUGUGAAGGCCAAGGUUCCCAUCAUCAUCACCAGUGCCCCUGUGGACCCAGACAGCUGCCCACGGCUGGAGGGGGCAGCAUCACCCGAGAGCCAGGAGUACCAGAAUUAAGUGCCCAAACUUCUAAAUAUUAAAAGCUUUAUCAGACUCUA